AUGUGAGGUCUAGGGAGGGUAAAGUGUACGCAGACUUUACCCUUACAAUGUAGGGAGGCUGUUUCCGAAAGACCCUCGGCUUAAGAGAAAGCAUGGCAAAAAAAGUCAGAUAAGGACAAGCAAUUCAAAGCAAUAUGAAAAUGAAAUAGUGAAAGAUCAAAAUAGGUGAAAAGAGAGUAACCAUAUAAUAUUGUUAGAGAAAUUAGAAUCAAUUGCAAGCGUCCAAUAAAUUUUGUUUGGUGAGUGGACAACAUUUAGUUCUCGUGAUUCACAGUUACAUGUUAUUUUUAUCCUCUAAUCAUAAACCCCUUUUGCUUCUAUUUCCAAAUUUUGUAGCCAUAAUUAACAAAUCUUUUGUUUUUUUCAUGCCCAUUACUCUUUUUCCUUCUGAUCCUUUGCUUUCUGUUCAUCCAGAAGAAGAACAAUUGCAUUGAUUUGAAAAGGGUCUAUUUGAUGAAUAUUUUUGUUUUAACAUAAGUUCGACUUGGUACUUAAAAUCAUGUCAUUUUGAGCUAUCAUGGCGAAUGGCAAUGUUGAAGAACCUCUACUACGAGGCCAUGUAAAUUCAUCAAUUCGAUUUAGUGAUAUAAACUCUUUUAAACGAAGACGGCCUCAAUCUAGCAGCACUUGUUGUACUAUCAGUCAUACACAGACAAAUAAUGAGGAAUCCCUUCAUUACCCUGAGUUCAUUUCAUCAAAGAGUUUUAGGCUCAGAGAUGUACUAUUAUUUUUGGCUGCCUAUAUAGGAAUUGGAGCGAUUUGUUUCUUCAUCAUUAGCGAUCAAAUCGAAGGAAAAAAGACUAAUGGAAUUCUUGAUGCAAUAUAUUUGUGUAUUGUAACAAUGACCACUGUUGGAUAUGGUGAUCUAGUUCCUAAAAGCGUCUUAGCUAAGCUUCUCGCCUGCAUUUUUGUGUUCACCGGUAUGGCUCUUGUUGGAUUUGUUCUGAGUAAAGCUGCCGAUAGUUUUCUUGAGAGGCAGCAAAUCCUUUUUCUCAAGGCAAUAAAAAUGAGGAAAGAUUGCACUAGCUCAACUGAGGUCAUGAAAGAAGUUGAAACGAACAUCGAAAAAUACAAGUUUGUAAGUGCCUUGGCACUUCUUCUUGCACUUACUAUGCUUGGAACAGUUUUUUUGUGCCAAGUUGAGGAUUUGAGUUUGUUUGAUGCUUUUUACUGUGUUUGUGCCACUAUUACUACUCUGGGGUAUGGAGACAAGAGCUUUUCGACAAAAUGGGGGCGUUUGUUCGCUUCUUUUUGGAUAUUGAUGAGUACUAUUUGUUUGGGACAGUUAUUUUACUCCCUAGCCGAAUUAUAUACAGAACAAAGGCGAAAAUCUAUGUUCAGAUGGGUUCUAACUCGUGAGUUGACAAAUUCAGACCUCCAGGCUGCAGAUCUUGAUCAUGAUAGUGAAGUGAGUGCUGCAGAAUUUAUUGUCUAUAAACUUAAAGAGUUGGGGAAGAUAACUGAGGAAGACAUCUCUGUAGUCAUGGAGAGCUUCAAAAUGCUUGAUGUUGAUCAUUCAGGCACAUUGACUGAAAAAGAUAUUGCACUAUUACAGCAAUCGUCUAGAUCCAAAAGCUGAUAAAACACCCCUCUUAACAUAUUCUGUUUUGUUCAUAGCUGAUAGAACUACCUGGAAUUGCUUAGAA